UGCAUUAUAUGUUUUAUCCUCCAUUUUUUUAUUUUCUUAUCCCCAAUAUCUUCUCACAUUUUCUCUUACUCUGCUUUUCACCUCUUUCCCGAACAUGGGUUAGCGAGCGCAAUUCGCCGCGUGUGUGCGGUAUCCAAAAGAUUCCCAACCCAUUAAAGCUGUUAACUCGCCGGUUCAGACUCAAAUUUUAGGAUAUUUUACUCUUCUUAUAGUCACCGAUUCACCCGAGUUUACUAAAUAUGCGACGACCCGAAAUGUUGGCAACCGAAUCUUCUCGUCCCUGAAUCUGAAUUUUUUUUCUUUCCUCAUCAUCUCUAUAUAUAGAGAGAUCGGUGCCUUUUCAUUUGCAUUUUAUGUUUGUCUGGGGAUGUUAGAGACUAACAUAAGCAGAGAAGAGAUAAGGAAUCAAAAAUAGCGAGGGAAAAUGAGGCUGAGUUUGGAUUUGAGCUUGGUUUAUGUACCCAAAACAAUCAGUGAGUAUCUUAUGGAGGUUUCUAGGCUUAAAGAUAGUAAACAGAAAUUAUCAAAGCUUGAUGAUUAUGUCAAUAAAUUAGAAGAGGAGAUGAGAAAGAUUGAUGCUUUUAAACGUGAGCUUCCUCUUUGCAUGCUUCUCCUAAAAGAUGCUAUUUUGAGGCUGAAGGAGGAGGCAAUGCAGUGUAAGGAAUUCGAGGAUGUUGUAGCAGUGAAAGAAAAUUCCAGAGGAGAGGAAAGGGAAAACAUGAGAAAUGAUACGAGUGAUAAGAAGAACUGGAUGAGUUCUGUUCAACUUUGGAAUACUAACAAUAUCAACUCUGAUUCCAAGCAACACGACUCAAAAUCAGAAACCAAACAGAGAAAUGAAGAAGAAAAUGAUCGGUCCACUAGUGAGAACCCAAUUCAGUUGUGUAAUUAUAAAAGCAAGGGAGGGGCAUUUAUGCCGUUUAAGCCACUUUCUUUAUUUGAAGGGACCGACAGGAAGGAGGAGAAAGAGGUUAUGUCACAAGUUACCAGUCUUUCUCUUAUGACUCCAGUUCCAGUAUCUGAAUUGGGUUCCUGCAAUCUGAUUUCAAAAGGCAAUGCCAAUAUUCAAACGAAGAUACAGAAUAAUCCUCAACAACAGCAGCAUCACCAGCACCAGCAGCCUUCGUACAAGAAACAGAGGCGGUGCUGGUCGCCGGAGCUUCACCGGCGCUUUGUGGAUGCCCUCCAAAAACUUGGUGGAUCUCAAGUGGCCACUCCCAAACAGAUAAGAGAACUUAUGCAAGUGGAUGGCCUCACCAAUGACGAAGUAAAGAGUCACUUGCAAAAAUACAGGCUCCAUGUCCGUAAACUUCCUGCUUCUUCAGCUGCCCAAGCAAAUGGCUUAUGGAUGGCUCAAGAUCAGUGCAAAGAUCCAUCAAAACCUAGUAUUUCAGAGUCUAAUUCUCCGCAAGGACCCUUCCAUGGAUGUGGGUCUGCCAAGGGUAUCUCUAGCACUGGAGGCGAUAGCAUGGAAGCGGAAGAUGAUGACAAAUCGGAGAGCCAUAGUUGGACUGAUACAAAUGUACAUGGGGAAUCAAGUUGUAAAGAUCAGAACAAUGAAGUUGAUAGAUAUGGUAUUCAAGAUUGGAGUUAAUUUUUUUUCCUUCUUUAGCCAAGAGAUGAUAUAUAUAUCAAUGAGGAUAUGAUAGAUUUUGCGGAUUUUAUGGGUUGCGUUUACUUUUCUCCAAACUUGAGUUCUGUCUCUUCCUAUCUUAUCUGUGUUGUUUAUCAGUUUAUGUAAUCCAUACUGACGGAUUCUAGGAUGUUAAUGCCAAAUUCUGGUUGGUGUGUC